GUUGGCGAUACUGUUAACAACAAACUUGACGAUUAGUUAACCUAAGAAUAUAAGCAAAUUUAAGCAUCGAUUUUAUUUGAUAAUCACAUGAAAUUAAUUUGAGCAACUUUUUUAUUUGCACUAUGGCCACCGAUGUCUUGAGAAAAUCUCCUCAAAAAGCAAAGGAAAUUGAGAAUGGCGCUGAACCCUCUGCUCCUGUUAUUAGAAAAGGCAUUCUCACGUCGUUUGUAACUGGGAAAUUUAUGAAUAUACCCGAAAACGAUUUGUUAGGACGAUGUAGGUUUGUUUCUGAGUUUGAUAAAUUGAACAGAAUUGGAGAAGGAUCAUAUGGUAUUGUUUAUAGAGCAAAAGAUCAACAAUCUGACAAAAUUGUUGCACUAAAAAAAGUGAGAAUGGAUUUGGAGAGGGAUGGUAUUCCUAUUAGUAGUUUGAGAGAAAUUCAAGUAUUAUUGAACUGCCAACAUGAGAAUAUUGUGCAUUUAAAGGAAGUAGUUGUAGGCCGAAGUUUAGAAAGCAUUUUUUUGGUUAUGGAAUACUGUGAACAAGAUUUAGCAUCUUUAUUGGAUAAUAUGCAAGCUCCUUUUACUGAAUCACAAGUUAAAUGUAUUAUGCUGCAAGUAUUGCGAGGCUUGAGAUAUUUACAUCAUAAUUUUGUUGUACAUAGGGAUUUAAAAGUUUCGAAUUUACUUAUGACUGACAAAGGAUGUGUAAAAAUUGCUGAUUUUGGACUUGCUAGAUGGUUUGGAGUUCCAUUGAAACCUAUGACACCUCAUGUUGUGACUCUUUGGUAUAGAGCACCAGAGCUAUUGUUGCAAGCCCCAACACAAACUACAAGUGUUGACAUGUGGGCAGCUGGGUGUAUUUUAGGAGAAUUACUUGGACACAAGCCUCUACUACCCGGAAGGUCAGAAAUUCAACAGCUUGAACUUAUUGUGGAUUUACUUGGUACACCAUCUGAUGCUAUCUGGCCAGGUUUUAGCCAGCUUCCGGCUCUGCAAAAUUAUAGUUUGAAGCAACAGCCAUAUAACAAUUUGAAACAGAGGUUUCCUUGGUUGUCUGCUGCUGGCUUACGUUUACUCAAUUUCUUAUUCAUGUAUGAUCCAAGAAAGAGGGCUACUGCAGAAGAAUGUUUACAAAGUAGUUAUUUCAAAGAGCCACCACAACCUUGUGACCCAAAGUUGAUGCCAAGUUUUCCUCAACAUAGAAAUAUUAAAGGAAAUAAACAAUCAGCACCUGAACCUACCAACACUGGAGCUGGUGAUCAAACAAAUAAUUUGCCAGCAAUAUCUGAUUUGUUGGGCUCCAUUGUAAAGAAGAGAAGAAUUGAAUGAUGUAAACAACAUUGAACUUUUUAUUCAUGUGUAAGAAUUUGAUUUUUUAUUUGUGUGAUUCCUAAAAUAAAUGUUCUUUCUUUAAUACAAACCUACUUCAUAGGAUCAAUUAAAGUUUUAUAUUAAACA